AUGUCCCUUCUCACCACCCAGAAAGUUCUUGUCCCUGCCAUCUCCUGUAUGGCUUGGAACGGCGAUAAGACUCGUUGUGCCAUAUCACCAGCAAACUCUGAAAUUUGGAUCUAUAAAACCAAUGGAAGUGAAGAUUUUGAUAAAUGGGAGAUUGAACAUAAACUUACCGAACACGAUCACUAUGUAACCGGUAUUGAUUGGGCACCCAAGAGUAACAAGAUUCUCUCUUGCUCUCAAGAUCGUAAUGCCUACGUCUGGGAAUUGAAAGGAAAUGAAUGGAAACCAACAUUGGUACUCUUACGUAUUACCAAGGCUGCUACUUGUUGUAAGUGGUCUCCCAAUGAAGACAAAUUCGCUGUUGGAAGUGCAGCCAAGAUGGUUUCCGUGUGCUUCUAUGAAGAAGUCAACAAGUGGUACAUUUCCAAGAUGAUUAAAAAGCACAAGAGUACCAUCAAAUCAUUGACUUGGCAUCCAUCCGACAAUACAUUGCUUGCUACUGGAAGUAGUGAUAUGAAGGCUCGUACUUUUAAUACCUAUAUCAAAGAUGUUGAUGGAAAGAGACCAGAAGGAAAGGUCAAGUUUGGAGAUUCUAUUGUAGAAUAUGCUUCAAAGGGAUGGGUUCAUGAUGUUCAAUUCUCUCCUAAUGGUAAAUGGUUGGCUUUCAUUGGACACGAUUCGACUGUUCAAUUUGUGGAUUAUGCUUCUCAGGAUCAAUCACAAGCUGACUCUCAACCCAUUGAAACUCAAGUCGUUCGUCAUGAAAAGUUGCCAUUCUAUCGUGGAUUGUUCCUUUCUGAUAAGGCUUUUGUUGCUGUAGGAUAUGAUUUUGCUCCCUAUGCUUUUGCUUUGGAAGGAAACAAGUGGGUAUUGAAGGGAUCUUGUGAUGAAAAGAAGUCUGCUGGAGCAGGUGCUGGUGCCGGUGGUGCUGGUGUGAGAAGUGCCUUCUUAAAGUUCCAAGCUCAAACAACAGUUGGUUCUCAAAAUGCCGAAAAGGAUGACAGUCCAACAACUCGUCAUCACAAUGCCAUCAACUCUAUUUGUCCAUUCAAAGUUGAAGGAGGUAAGGUGACCAAGUUUGUCACUGCUGGUUUGGACGGAAAGGUUUUGUUCUGGAACUCAAGUGAUAUUCAAAAGAAUCUUGGAUUGACUCUUUAA